AUGCUGGACAAGAAACAACGACAGAUCACUGACGAUCUACAUGUACUUCAAAAUUUUUUUUUUAUAAUUUUAGGUAAAAAGUUAGGUCAGAUAGCAGAGAGGGCAAAACAGUUGAUUCCAGAAAUAGCCAGAGUUCAGUACCAACCUAAAGUGAAAAAAAGUAAAAAGAAGAAAAAGAAGAAAAAGGGUAAGAAUUUGGAUGAGUUUGGAGAUGAUGAGGAUGAACCCCCUUCUGUACCUCUUAGAGCAGAAGAUAUUACUGAUGAAGUUAUUGCUAUGAGAUUAGAUGAAUCUAUGUAUAAAAAGAUUUGUAAGACUGGAGAAAUACCUCAAAUAGAUCUUGAGAUGCAGAGAUGUGCUGAGAAGUUAACUGGUAUAGAUGAUAGAUUAAUGGUGUUAGAAGGAGACAAGAAUUUGUUGUCUCUUUACUGUAUGGAGGUUUUCUUCAAUGAACAAAAUGAUAAUAAUCAGCCGAUAGAAUUUAGGCGCCAACAGAGCUCCCUCUACAGACAUCUACAUCCAGAUCCUGAUAUAGAAAUGAAUAUAGAAGAAUUAGAAGGGGCAUUACAAGUUGUCAAUCAUAAUUUAAUAUCUGAGUCAGAGUUUGACUAUAUAUAUCAGAUUUUGAAUUUACCAGGCAGAAGAAAAAUUAACUUCCAACUUUUCACAGUUAUAGCUGCAUUGUCAGAAAAAAUCUCUCAAAUGGACCCUGUUAUAAAGAAGAUAUUGAUUAAAGAUAAUCCAGAAGAAACUAAGAAGAAAAGAAGAAGCUAUGAUGCUUUAGAUCUUAAGAUGGAAACUUCUAAGGAAUUAUUUGGACUGUUAGCAGACGGUGAUUAUGAGACUAACAACAACGGCAAUGCUAAAGCCUCACAGCUAGCGGUAGAAUUAACUGCCGGUGGACUGGACCCUGAAUGUGUGGGAUAUGUUUUAAGCAAGUUUAACAGAUUUGGGACAGGAUAUAUAGAUUUUAUGGACUUUGUGACUUAUGUACCAUUGUUUAUAGAAAUUCAUCAAAAAAUAGUUGAUGAUCCUUUUAAUGUUAGUUUGGAUAUUUCAUAAUAUCAAAUUUUGUAUUAAAAACAGUUUAAUGAAUUUUCAAGGGAGAUAAUUUUAAUAAUUAUUUUUUCAAAUUACCUCCCAUUUUUUAGAUCUUUAUAUGAUUGAACAAAGUGAUGUUUAGUGCCACAGUUUUAGGCAACAUCUUUGUUGUGGAAAACUAUUUUGGCAUUUUUAUGCAUUCUGAUAAUUAUUUAGACUUGUCUGAAGAGAUUAGAAGCCAUAUAAUUACUUUAAAAAUUUGAAGUGACAUGAAUAUUUAUGUAAGCAAGGAGUAAUGGACAUAGAACUAUAAUAAGGAAAGGUUAAAAUAAAAAGAAGUAAUGGGAUGUGAAUAUUCACACCGUUCUUCAAUAGUUUCUAUUUUCCUAGUUCAAUCAUGAAUUUGAAUAUAUAAAUCUAGAUUAC